GAGCGUUGCACCCGAGCAGCGGCGAAGUCACGUGUGUUUUGAAAAGUUUGCAUGAAUGGACCGCUGCGGAGCUCGUGUUACGUUCUUAAAAACGGUUAUACUGCGUAAUUCGUUUAACGUUAGCACAUACUACUGUUAAACAAUCUGAGAAGAGUAAAAACUUCUCUCAGUCGUCGGGUUAUUGUGAUAUUUGUCUCCUUUAGAGCUUUGUUUGGCUAACGCUAGCUUGUAACACCACUGUGAACAAAACAAGAUUCUGCUUUUUCAUGCGUUUAACGAAUCGUUUGUUGCACAUUUUAGUUGCGGACAGCACCAUAGACUGUUAGCAUAGUCGACGGUUAUCAUAAGUAGCUAAAAUAGUUUCACAAUGGUGUUUUUCACCUGCAACGCCUGCGGUGAGUCUCUGAAGAAAGCCCAGGUAGACAAACAUGUGUCUGGGUGCCGGGGCUGUGAAGUGUUGUCCUGCAUCGAUUGUGGAAAAGACUUUUGGGGCGAUGACUAUAAGAACCACAACAAAUGUAUCAGUGAAGAUCAAAAAUAUGGAGGAAAAGGGUACGAGGCUAAGGCAAAUAAAGGAGAUGUGAAGCAGCAGCAGUGGAUUCAGAAAAUCAAUGAAGCCAUGGUUAAACCUGGUGUCAGUCCAAAUCUGAAGAAUGUGCUGAAGCAAGUCAGUACUUACGAUAAUGUCCCAAGAAAGAAAGCAAAAUUUCAGAACUGGAUGAAAAACAGUCUGAAAAUUUCCAACACACAUCUACAUGAAGAAGUGUGGAACAUCCUUUCAGCAGACAUUGAAAAGGCAUCAGAUGCCCCCCAGCUAUCUGAAGAUAAACCAGCAGCAGUUGAAGCCCAAAUGGUUACUAAUGGAAAUGAAAAUGGACAACCAAAGGCUGAAAAGAAAAAACUGAACAAACGAGAGCGCAAAGAAGCCCGCCAGCAAAAACAUGGAAAGGCUGUGAAAGGUGCUGCAAAAGCAGUUGUACAAGAGGCAGAGGAAGAGCAGGUGAUCAAAAAGAAGAAAAAGGACAGAAAGAGAAAGCACAGCUGUGAUGAAGAUGGAAACGAAGAGCAGAACGGGGAUUUCAUCAAGAAGGCAAAGACAAAUGACCAAACAACAGAAGCUGAAGCAUCAGAGGAGACGGAGGAACAAGCAGUUCUUAAAGGCAAAUUCAACUGGAAGGGCAACAUCAAGGCAGUACUGAGAGAUUCACCUGAUCAGGAGCUGUCAGUGAAGAAGCUGAGGAAGAAGAUUGUGGCAGCUUACUAUUCUUUCACUGGUGAUGGAAAUUUUAAAACGGAGGAUGAGGUGCUAGCACUCUUCAACAAGAAGAUUAGCAAGAAUCCCAAAUUUAGAGUUUUGAAAGACAGAGUUAAACUUGUUAAUUAGAUAUGUUUUUUCUCAACCCUCUGUCGUUAUCUGUAUGUUAUCCAUAGACUUUUAAAAUUCAGACCUGUUCACUGUCUGACAUCCUUCUGUAAUAUUUUUAUACAGAUGACAUAAUCUCUAUGAUUAAAGCAUUUUAUAAGUGA